AUGUCUUCACAUCGUCAUCUAAGGUUCGAGAGACUGCGUUCACUGCAGGCCCUGGACCAGCCCUACUUGGAUUUUUCGUUGGACGUGGUCCCAGCACGAAGGCACUCACCGGCUCCAGUCAGACAUGAUCCACGAAACGAGAUUCUCCAAGCUCUUGAUGCCCAUGAGCACACUGCAAUUCUUGGCCGACGUGCGCCGCUUCCUCGCCAACAGAGAGGCGAGGAGCUGGGAUCCUUGUCUCCGCGGAAGCCGCCUGUUCCCUGCUUUUCAGGACGUGACAGCCAGUACGAGGAAGAUGCAGUGAAGACUGUUCGCAGCGGCAAACUCGCUGGGAAGGGUGAUCCGAAGAAAGCCAUGGACAGGAGCAUCCGUCGCUUGGACACAGCCGCAUCAAAAUUGGAAAAGGUCGCCAAGGCUCUGGUGGAAGAGGCACAGAGACAGUCCUUGAAGAGAGUUGGAUGA